GCUUUGAGACGCAGACAGGUACCGCCCUCUCGCUCGCAGUCCCGGCGGCACAUGGGGAGAUGCUUCUCGGCUGCGCCCGGUUAAUGUCGGGGAGGGGGCUUCGCUUCUUGCGCUCGCCGCCGCCUUGUCUCUCUGGGUCCAUCUGAGCCAUGUCCGCCAGAGUGGCCCAUCCUCAGGAGCCUCCUCAUCCCACAGAGAAGCCUGUCAUCCACUGCCACAAAUGUGGGGAGCAAUGUAAAGGAGAAGUACUUCGCGUUCAGGCCAAGCAUUUUCACAUUAAAUGCUUUACUUGCAAAGUGUGCGGGUGUGAUUUGGCUCAAGGAGGCUUUUUCAUUAAGAAUGGCGAUUACCUUUGCACUGUGGAUUACCAGCGGAUGUAUGGGACCCGAUGCAAUGGCUGUGGAGAGUUUGUGGAAGGAGAAGUUGUAACAGCUCUGGGAAAAACCUAUCAUCCCAACUGCUUUGCCUGCACUAUGUGCAAACGUCCUUUUCCACCAGGAGACCGGGUUACCUUUAAUGGAAGAGACUGUCUCUGUCAAAUGUGUGCUCAACCAAUGGCAUCCAGUCCAAAAGAACUUGCCACUUCCAGUAAUUGUGCAGGCUGUGGAAGAGAUAUAAAAAAUGGACAAGCCUUACUUGCUUUGGAUAAGCAAUGGCAUCUUGGGUGCUUCAAGUGCAAAGCCUGUGCGAAGGUUCUAACUGGAGAAUACAUCAGCAAAGAUGGUGCCCCUUACUGUGAAAAGGACUAUCAAGUUCUCUUUGGGGUCAAAUGUGAAGCAUGCCAUCAGUUCAUCACUGGGAAGGUCCUAGAAGCAGGAGACAAACAUUACCAUCCAAGUUGUGCACGAUGCAGCAGAUGCAACCAGAUGUUCACAGAAGGAGAAGAAAUGUAUCUGCAAGGUUCUACAGUUUGGCACCCCGACUGUAAACUGUCUACAAAGGGAGAAGAAAAGCUAAGGCUGUUUUCACCAUCUUGUAUACUGAACACCAUCAAAACGUUAAGGCAGCCUACCCGGACAUCCUCAGAGAGUAUUUAUUCAAGGCCUGGAUCCAGUAUUCCUGGUUCACCAGGACACACAAUCUAUGCAAAAGUAGACAAUGAGAUCCUUGAUUAUAAGGAUUUAGCAGCCAUUCCCAAAGUCAAGGCAAUCUAUGACAUUGAGCGUCCAGAUCUAAUUACUUACGAACCUUUCUACACUUCUGCCUACGAAGAAAGACAAGAAAGACAGAGCCUUGGAGAG